AUGGUCGGUAGUAGUUCGAUAAAAAAACGAAAAAAUAAUAAUGAUAAUACUUCGAUCGUCGAUAAACAGAAUGUUGUAGAUAAUUCAAAAACAAAUUCAACUGUAAAAAAAAUCUCCGAGAAAGAUUUAGAAGUACUUAAACAGUUCGAUCUUGAUAUGACAUUUGGACCUUGUACUGGUAUUCCACGUAUUGAUCGUUAUGAACGAGCUUUACGUCAUGAUUUAGAUCCUCCUACUCACGUUUUGGAAUUGAUUAAUCUCUAUCCGAACGAUCGUCAAGUUACUCAUUGUAUUUGGCGUGAUUAUACAUUAUGA